CCGGGCUGGGGCGGGCGGAUCGCGGCUGCAGGGCGGCAGGGCCACGUUCUGGCUGCUGGCACUCCAGGAAGACCAUGUCCGGGGGCAGCAGCUGCAGCCAGACCCCGAGCCGGGCCAUCCCCGCCACCCACCGCGUGGUCCUCAGCGACGGCGUGCAGCUCCCGCCCGGGGACUACAGCACCACCCCCGGCGGCACGCUCUUCAGCACCACCCCGGGAGGUACCAGGAUCAUCUAUGACCGGAAGUUCCUGAUGGAGUGCCGGAAUUCACCUGUGACCAAAACACCCCCACGGGACCUGCCCACCAUUCCGGGGGUCACUAGCCCCGUAAGUGACGAGCCCCCCACUGAAGCCAGCCAGAACCACCUGCAGAACAGCCCUGAAGAUAAGCCAGCAGGCGGUGAAGAAUCACAGUUUGAGAUGGACAUUUAAAGGACCAGCCACCAGAUCGAAGAUUGCCUCUGGGCCUCUCUGGCCCUUUUCCGGAGAAGAGUCACACCGCCAGUUACCAUCCUGAGCAGCACUGGGUGUGGAGCCGACCACCCCAGUCCUCUGCUCCCUCAGUCAGGGCACCAGUCCCCCCUUCCUCUUGGUGAACACCAGCAGAUACCUCUUUGUGCCUCCAUUUGUGCAAGAACUGGUACCCCAAGGGGAGUGACUCUCAAGAUCACACACACCCCACAGCCUGGGCCAGGAAGUGGACUUGGAGGAGCCCUUCUGAAUGACCAACCGGCUCUCUUCCUCUGAGGGCACACUCCCCUUCCUUACGUUGGUGUGCUUGGGGAAGUCCCCUCCCCUACUUCCUCCGCAGAGGAAAUAAAAGCCACCUUUGCCCUUGGGCCAAAA